AUGCGAUCUCCACUCACUGGAUCGUCCAACAACAAUAACAACAAUAAUACAACUUUAUUUGGCAAUGCAAACAAUAAUCCACCUUCGUUAAGUAGCCAACUUGGCACGACACUUCCUCCUCCAAGCUCUUUUUCUACUUCAGACCAUUCGAAACCUGUGUUACCACCACUUCCUUCAACGGCGCGUGCUCCUUCACCUUACGAUGAUCACCAUCAUUCAGCUCUAUCUUUACCUCCACCUUCUUCUCAACCAACGGAACAGCGACAAAGAAGCUCUACAAGGACACCACCUCCACAAAAGUCUCCUUCUACUGAAACAUCAAGUCAAUCUGCUGGUUACCGACCUCUGAAUGUACGAGAUGCUCUUACUUAUUUGGACCAAGUGAAAGUGCGAUUUUCUGAUCAACCUGACGUAUACAAUCGUUUUUUGGAUAUCAUGAAGGAUUUUAAGAGUCAAGUAAUCGAUACGCCAGGUGUCAUUGAACGCGUAUCUACAUUAUUCAAAGGUCACUCUAUGCUUAUAUCUGGAUUUAAUACUUUUUUGCCACCUGGUUAUCGAAUUGAAUGCUCUAAUGAUCCUCAUGAACCUGAUCUUAUUCGUGUGACAACGCCAAAUGGUACAACAACAACAACUGGCAAUCCUCCAUCCCAACCUCCUCUACCUCCUCCUUCAUCAUCCUCUAUCAUGGCUUCGGCUCCAUCUACAACGUCUUCUCAAUACAUGCCCAUGGGACGAUCAUCGGUAGCUCCACCUCCACCAGCAUCACCACAGAGCGGAAAACGGUCUCCUGUGGAAUUCAAUCAUGCCAUCAAUUAUGUGAAUAAGAUAAAGAAUCGAUUUGCAAAUGAACCAGAUACCUACAAGCAAUUCUUAGAAAUAUUACAAACCUAUCAGAAGGAACAAAAACCAAUUCAAGAAGUUUAUGCUCAUGUGCAAUAUCUCUUCAACGGUGCUCCCGAUCUUCUGGAUGAAUUCAAACAAUUCCUACCCGACAUUACUGGUCAACCUGCCAGUGUAUUAUUCGGUGAAGAUCAUGGCCCAUUUUAUGGCGAAAACGGUAUGGACUCUACCCCUGUCACAUAUGGUAUACAUCCUACAGUGUCUGCAGAAGAAGUCGAAUUAUUUGAACGUAUCCGCAAAUAUAUUGGCAAUAAACCAUCAUAUGAAGAAUUUCUCAAAACCCUCAAUCUUUACACACAACAAAUUGUUGAUCUGGAUCAAUUAAUGGAACAAGUAGAAGUUUUCAUUGGAAGUAACAAGGAAUUAUUGGAUUGGUUCAAGAGUGUACUAGGUUAUGAAUCCAAAGAACAUCCCAUUCGACGUCCUGCUCGUACGCUUGCCAAACCUGAUUUGAUGCAUUGUGCUACUGUGGCUGAUAGUCCUAGUUACCGUUUAGCUCCAGUAGAUUGGCAAAAUCAAACUUGUUCUGGUAGAGACCAAUUAGCUUGGGAAGUCUUAAAUGAUGUUUAUGUAUCUCAUCCUAUUUGGGCUAGUGAAGAUGAUGGUUUCGUUGCUUCCAAGAAAAGUCAAUAUGAAGAAGCUAUGCAUCGAUGUGAAGAAGAGAGAUACGAUUACAAUAUGAAUAUCGAAGCCAAUCUCAAUACUAUUGCAUUGUUAGAACCUAUUUCUAAGAAACUAGAAACUAUGACAUUGGAAGAAAAAGCAGCCUAUCGACUUUAUCCUGGACUUGGUGGACAAUCUGUUACCAUUUACGAACGUAUCAUCAAGAAGGUCUAUGACAAGGAACGAGGCAUGGAAAUCAUUGAACUUUUAUACAACAAUCCUGCUCAAGUUGUUCCAAUUUUAUUAAGACGAUUAAAACAAAAAGAUGAAGAAUGGAAGAAGGCUCAGCGUGAAUGGAACAAAAUAUGGCGUGAACUAGAUAACAAAAACUAUUAUCGAUCUCUGGAUUAUCAAGGCAUUACCUUUAAAGGCAAUGAUCGAAAAGCAAUGACAGUCAAGGCUAUGGUAACGGAAAUUGAAGGAUUACAUAAAAGCAAGAAAUUGAAACAAAGCCAAAAGAAUGUAUCGACCAAGACGCAUUGUCAAUUUAUGUUUGAAUUCCCUGAUAAGGAUGUUUUCAAGGAUGUGACUCGUGUUGUGUAUUCUUAUAUCGAUCGCCAAGCUGGAUUCAACAGCCAUGAUAGAGAAAAGGUACGCACAUUUAUUCGAUCAUUCAUACCUCUCUGUUUCAAUGUUGACAAUGUGGAACCCGAAGGUGUCAGUAACUACUCGGACGACAAUGAUGAUGAUGAAUUGAUGGAUGAUGAUGAUGACGCUCAAUCAACCAACACCGAGGAUUCAGAAUCUGAUGUAGCACGAUCACCUAGCAAACGAGAAGCAUCACCAUCACGGCGACGCAGCAGACGUGGCCGCAACCAAGAAGAUGAUCACACGAUGGACUUGAAACGAACAAUUUAUAAUUUCUUCUGCAACACUACCUUUUAUGCCUUUUUCCGGUUAUUCGAGAUGAUUUAUGGUCGAUUACUAAAAUUGAAACAACUGAAUGAAGAAUACAUGAAGGAUCCUCGUCAUGGAAAGAAAACUAAUCAGGUUGCGUUACAAUUAGGACUCUAUAGCAACAAAUUUGAUGACAUUUCGACUUCGAAUGGAUACUAUAACGCUGUACUGGAUUUGAUUGAUCGAUUCUUUGAUGGUGAGGUUGAACCUCAAUUGUUUGAAGAAAGCAUACGAUAUUUCUUUGUGACAGAUGCCUAUUUACUAUUUACUAUCGAUAAAUUGGUCCAUGCAUUCGUAAAACAGAUUCAAGCCGUUACUGUUGAUACAGACUCUGUUGAACUCGUGCGCCUCUUCCGUAGUGAUCAAGAACUAGAUGUGACAUCAAGCAGGAUAUUAUCUGUUUAUAGAUUAAGAGCUGAAGAAAUCGUGGGAUCUGAAGAAAACUUGUACAAGAUCAAUUUUGAUAAGAAAACGGAUGUGAUGACGAUUCAAUUACUUGAUAGUGAUGAUUACAUGUUGGAACCAAAUAAGGAAGACAAGUAUGAAGAUUAUAUUAGCAGCUAUAUGGACUGGGUCAAUCCAACCGAAGGAGUGUGUAUAUCAUCCAUGAAACCAACAUAUAUGAAAAGGUAA